AUGUUUUCGAACCCAACACGCUCCUUGCUCGGAGCCGGCAGGCGCCUGAGGGUGCCCCUGUCCGCCCGCUGGCAAUCCACUACUCCCGUCCAGCCCAGCGCGCCAUCGCCAUCGCCAGCUCAAGAAACAAAGACAACCUCCCCGGCUGAGUCCGUGCCAAUUCCCGAGGCAAAUGCAGCCAAGUCGACGUCCGAGCGCAUGGGAGCUCUCGACAACAACGCCCGUCUACCUCGCAGUGUCCAAGCAGUAUACUUGCGCCCCCUCCGCCGAAAAGCGGAACACGGCCUACCAGUCUGCGAUCUCCAACUCCGAUCCUACAGCGUCGAGAACGUCGAAUUCUUCGCCGACUUCGCCAUCCGCGCCGCGUAUUACCUCAACCUCCCCGUUUCCGGACCCGUGCCUCUGCCCCGUAUCGUCGAACGCUGGACCGUCCCGCGAAGCAACUUCGUACACAAGAAGAGCCAGGAGAAUUUCGAGCGGAUCACCCUCCGCCGUCUUAUUCAGAUUAAGGAUGGAAAUCCCCAGUCUGUGCAGGCUUGGUUGGCUUUCUUGCGCAAGCAUGCUUUCUAUGGUGUUGGUAUGAAGGCUAAUGUUUGGGAACAUGAGUCUCUCGACGUCGGCAAGGCCAUGGACCAAUCCGCCACCGAAAUCCAAAAGACCCUCGAACCGCACCUCGCCCAAUUCGGCCAGCGCGAGGAUAACUCCGCUGGAAACAACAUGUUCGAUGUUCUUGACAGUGAUCGAUUUGCUGAGCGUAAGAGCGCACGGGCGUAA